CCACUGACGCAAGACAAAGCCCCUGGAAACAAACUUUGAAUCGCUAAGACAUCUUGGAGUUUGGAUGUGGAUCAGUUACACAUUCACUUGGAAUACAUGGGACAUAGAACCUGCCUUCGACGCGGCCGCUGUUCCUUUCCAAGAAAGCGUGGAUGGAUGGCCUGGGAACAUUACAAGGAAAGAUGAGCAUUGACUACGACAUGGGUCAGGACACGCGGAAUCCGGCCAUGUCGACAGCGGCAAAGGCAGCACUGUCCACGCUCUUGGUGAUUUAUCUACUUCUCCUGAUAGCGCUGACGUUCUACAGCUAUCCAUGGCCUGUGUGGACCGACCGGCAUAAUUCCUUGGCUAUCAUGUGCAUCGGUGCAAGCAAGGCGGACAAGAUCGACAUGUGGUCCGUCAAAGACAAGGAUCGGAUCGUAUUGCUCGUUGACAUUCCGGGAUGCAUUGGAGAUAUCACGGAAGGAAAGGCGGACGUUGGUGAUUCGGGCUUAGGCACCAAUACAGGCAUUACCGCGAAACAGAAAGUGAAAGGCUACGGGGUGUGAUAUAGUAGAUGUAUAUAAUGAUGCCACUUCGCUGAACAAGUGAGGGUCCUCAAUGCGCGUUUCUUCGGUCACGACUGCAACAUC